AACUCCCUCCAUCUUCAAACAGUGCUCGUAUUUUUUUAAGAAACGAGUUUUAAUAAUAUUAAUCGAGUUUAUUUUAUGUAUUUUAUCUUUGGAGUAUCAUUUUCUGCGCCUCGUCUAUUUAAAUGGGUUGGAGGCCACUUGCGUUUUCAUGUGCAAUUGAGUGUAGAAUGCAAUACAAAAGAGCAGCAGCAGCAGGUUUCACUAUCGAUCGGUUUGAUUUCCAUGGCUACUAAGAUCAUUAGCGGCACCCGAUUCUCGAGCCUCCCCGCGAGCUAUAUCCGCGGCGAAUCGGAUAGGCCAAAUCUGAGCCAAGUAGAUGUGUUGGAUAACAUUCCUCUCAUCGAUCUCAGCUGCGAGGAUCGAAGCCUAGUGAUCGACCAGAUCGGCCGAGCCUGUCGCGAUUAUGGCUUCUUUCAGGUGAUUAAUCACGGAGUGUCGAAGGAGGCGGUGAAUCGGAUUCUGGCGACGAGUCACGAGUUCUUCGGUUUGAGCGUGGAGGAUAAGAUGAAGCUGUAUUCCGACGAUCCUUCUAGAACCAUGCGGCUCUCCUCCAGCUUCAAUGUGAGCAAGGAGACUGUUCACAACUGGCGCGAUUAUCUCAGGCUCCAUUGUUACCCCUUGGAUAGAUACGUGCCGGAGUGGCCGACCGCCCCCUCAUCUUUCAAGGAAGUAGUGAGCGGUUACUGCAGGGAGAUCCGGGAGCUGGGGCUGCGAUUGGAGGAGGCGAUUUCGGAGAGUUUGGGAUUGGAGAAGGAGUGUUUGAAGAAGAUAUUGGGAGGGGAAGAGCAAGGGCAGCACAUGGCGUUGAAUUACUAUCCGGCUUGCCCGGAGCCGGAGCUAACGUACGGAUUGCCGGCGCACACGGAUCCCAACGCCGUCACGAUUCUUCUGCAGGAUAUGGAGGUGGCCGGCCUUCAGAUUCUCAACGGCGGCAAGUGGCUGGCGGUGAAGCCGCACCCCGACGCCUUCGUCAUCAACAUCGGCGAUCAGAUUCAGGCAGUGAGCAACGGCAAGUACAAAAGCGUGUGGCAUCGCGCAGUUGUGAACGCGCAUAAGCCGAGGCUGUCGGUAGCUUCGUUCCUGGUCCCCUCCGACGCCGCCAGAAUCCGAGCUCCGGCGGCGCUGGGAGGGAAUACGUAUAAAGAUUUCACCUACGCCGAGUAUUAUAAGACGUUUUGGAGUCGUGACUUGGACCAGAAACACUGUCUCGAGUUUUUCAAGAACUAGCUACUGCUUCUAUAUACGUAGAAAAAUUUAAUUACUAUUGCUGAUUAGAUUAUGAAAAAUUAAAUUAAGAAUAAAUUGGGGUGUUCCUUCAUUUCA